AUGUUCUUAAGAGAAGCUCUAUUCAUAUCUCUUUAUGCUAAAAGAACAAUUGCAACGUGCUACAGCAACCAAUAUCUUUACUUUUGCUGCUAUCUUGAAAAUAGAACAGUGCCACACAUGUAUCUUGCUUACCACUAUUUUUCUUUCCUUUCUCCUCUCAUUUCUCCUCUCCUCAUUUCUCUCUUUUCCCUUUUCUCCUCUCCCUUUUCCUUUUUCUCCUCAUUUCUCCUCUCCCUUUUCCUUCUCUCCUCAUUUCUCCUCUUUUUCCUUUUUCUCCUCAUUUCUUCUCUCCCUUUUCCUUUUUUUCCCCCUUUUCUCCUCUCCCUUUUCCUCCUCUCCUCAUUUCUUCUCUCCCUUUUUCUCCUCUUCUCAUUUUUCUCCUCAUUUCUUCUCCCUUUUCUCCUCUCACUUUUCCUCCAAUCCUCAUUUCUUCUCUCCCUUUUCCUUUUUCUCCUCAUUUCUUCUCUCCCUUUUCCCUUUUCUAAUCUCCAUUUUCCUUUUUCUUCUCAUCUCAUCUCCCCCUUUUCCUCCUCAUUUCUUCUCUCCCUUUUCCUUUUUCUCCUCUUCUUGUUACUUCUCUCUCUUUUCCUUUUUCUCCUCAUUUCUUCUCUCCCUUUUUCUCCUCUCCUCAUUUCUUUUCUCUUUUCCUCCUCAUUUCUUCUCUUUCCUUUUUCUCCUCUUCUAAUUUCUUCGCUCUUUUCCUCCUCAUUUCUUCUCUCUCUUUUCCUUUUUCUGAUUUCUUCUCCCUCUUUUCAUUCUCUUCUCAUUUCUUUUCUCCCUUUUCCUUUUUCUCCUCAUUUCUUCUCCCUCUUUUCAUUCUCUUCUCAUUUCUUUUCUCCCUUUUCCUUUUUCUCCUCAUUUCUUCUCUCCCUUUUCCUCCUCAUUUCUUCUCUCCCUUUUCCUUUUUCUCCUCAUUUUUCUCCUCUCCCUCUUCCCUUUUCUCAUUUCUUCUCUCCCUUUUUCUCCUCUCCUCAUUUCUUCUCUCUUCUUUCCUUGAUCACUGAUUUUUCUACUUAUUGGCUCGGAAAGAGCUUAUUCUACUGGGCCACUUUUCUGUGA